CCCCCAAACUUCAUAACUCAAUCAAGAAAGUGAAGUUCACUUGAACAAAAAGCCCUGCUUCUUAAUUCAGCUAUUACAUCCACAUCCUUAAGCAAUGUCAUCUUAUUGCCACCAUUCCCUUUUCCUCUUCUUGCUCAUCACUCUGUCAUCCAUAACGAACCAUGCAGAGGCGCGCCGUCUCCUAGAGUCUUCUGUGCCUGAGGUUCCCAAGCCCGAAAUCCCAUCUAUACCCAAGCCUGAACUACCUCCACUGCCGAAGCUACCUCCACUACCCAAGCCUGAGCUGCCAACUCUGCCAAAACCCGAAAUUCCAACACUGCCAAAGCCUGAGGUCCCAACAUUGCCUAAGCCCGAGUUUCCAACACUGCCAAAACCAGAGGUCCCUGUGUUGCCAAAGCCCGAACUUCCAACACUACCCAAGCCGGAGGUACCGACAUUGCCUAAGCCAACACUCGAAAAAGCUGAAACACCAAAGCCUACUCUACCCGAAAUACCAAAGCCUCAAAUGCCAGAGCUACCAAAGCUCCCAGAAAUGCCAAAACCUGAGAUCCCGGCUAUCCCUAAGCCUGAGGUACCAACGGUGCCAAAACCUGAGGUCCCGACUUUGCCUAAGCCCGAGGUUCCAACAGUGCCAAAGCCUGAGGUCCCAACUUUGCCUAAGCCUGAGGUUCCAACAAAGCCAAAACCCGCGGUCCCGACUUUGCCUAAGCCUGAGCUACCAAAGCUCCCUGAAUUACCAAAACCUGAGGUCCCGACUGUCCCUAAGCCAGAGCUACCAAAGCUCCCAGAAUUGCCAAAACCUGAGAUCCCUGCUGUCCCUAAGCCUGAGGUACCAACAGUGCCAAAACCCGAGGUCCCAACUUCGCCAAAACCUGAGAUUCCGGCUGUCCCUACGCCUGAGGUACCAACAUUGCCAAAACUUGAGAUUCCGGCUGUCCCUAAGCCUGAGGUAACAACAUUGCCAAAACCUGAGGUCCCAACUUCACCUAAACCCGAGGUUCCAACAGUGCCGAAACCUGAGGUACCGACUUUGCCUAAGCCUGAACUUCCAACACUACCCAAACCAGAGGUACCUACUAAUUGUUGAGUAGUAGUACUAAUUGUGGUUGCUGAUUUCCAGCAAUUUCAAGAAAAUUAUAUCCUAGAAAGUCUGAGGUUGUCUCCAUUCUACCGACUUCUGUUUCUGCCCUAACUCAUCGCUAUCUUGGCACCAACAGAAGCGAUGAGAGCAAAUACAUGUAUCUACCUUCACAGCUACAGAAUCAACUCUAAUGCAUUUUAGUAUGAUGGCAGAAAGUAGUCAAGGAAAUGCACAAUAUUCAGUUAAAGAAGCUGCUUCAGCAACAUGUACUUCAAAUCAUUCAACAACAGCUCUAAAAUGAUGUUAUAGUGAUACUUAAAAUUUUGAAUACAGCAACUAAAAAAUAUUCCAAGCACUAGCAAAAUCAACUGCAGCACACAAUGCUGAUCAAU